AAACAAAACCACGGAAACUAAUCGGUAUAAAAGGCUUCGGACAAGAAGUUAGAAUUGUUACUUUAGCACAUUUCCUCGUACAGAACGGCAGAAACCCGAGCAGCAGACACCGAUGGAAUUCCUCAGCAAAGUGCUUCGUAUUGCACUGGCAAUUGGCAUCGUGUCUUCGUUGGUGGGCCCUUCGGAUGCAUCAUUUCCGGGGUUGUCGCUGGAAGGAUGGCCGUACUUUUAUCCACUCGGUCCGUGGCAUGACCAUACACCGGUGCAACCGUACUACGAACCCGUACCGAUCACACCCGUCGUUGCGGCACAACUUGCAGAGUAUCCCGGUGCGAUGUCGAUCGCAGCGACACGCGGUGCGAUCCAUAUUGCGCCACUACCGGGUCACUCGGUUUCACAGUUCCAGUACAACCUGGACGCACCGCCAGGAACGUACUAAAGCACUACCAAAAACAAAUGAAAAAUCACACGCACACACAAAAACACACCGUUUCACUUAAAACUUAGUCAAUAAACAGCUGUAUUUCUCGCAGAAUAUUCUCCCACCGGAACACAA